UCAUUGUUUUUUUUGUUGGUAACCCAAUAUUUUUGACAUUUGAGAGCACAGUUUGGACGCGUUGUUUGUAUUCGAUUGUAAAAUUCUAAUUUAUUUAUCCUUUAUUUCGAUCAACAUGGACACAGCUAUAAAAGAAAUUGAAGAAAAAGAAGCUAGUCCUUCUGAAUCUGUUGAAACGGAGGAAUUGGACAUCGAGAGCGAACCUUUCUUUCAGGAUAUUUACAUGCUGACCGAACACGGCGUCCCUCUUCCAGAUAUCGAAGAAAUGCGAAAAAUUGGCAUAAACACAGUCAAGGGCCUCCAAAUGACCACAACCGACAAACUUUUGGCUUUGAAGAGCUUUAAUCCGAGUAAAGUAAGCAAAAUUCAGGAAAUUUGCGGAAAUAUCUCUUUCAGCAAUCGCUUCAUGACCGCCUUUGAAGUAAGUGAGGCAUGCAAGCAAGUUUUUAAAAUAAGUACGGGAAGCGCAAAUUUGGAUAAAUUGCUGGGCGGGGGUGUAGAGUCGAUGUCUAUAACUCAAGUUUUUGGAGAAGCUGGAAGCGGAAAAACCCAAAUUGCCCACACUCUAUGUGUCACCACGCAAAUACCGACUGAAGACUAUUCCGGGGGCAAAGUUAUGUUCAUAGACACGGAGCGUAGUUUCCGCCCAAAUCGCAUUCGCCAAAUUGCACGUCGUUUUCAUUUGAGUGAAGACAGUGUCUUGCAGAAUAUUCUCUACAUUAGAGCUUAUAACUCUGAACAUCAAUAUCAGAUCCUCAAAAAUGUUGCUGUAAAGUUUCAUGAAGAUACGGGCGUGUUUAAGCUUCUUAUUGUCGACUCUAUUAUAGCAUUAUUCCGGAAUGAUUUUAUGGGCAGAGGUGUGCUUCUGAAUAGGCAGCAAAAAUUGGCGGAAACAAUGUCGCUUUUGAAAAAAAUCAGUGAGGAAUAUAAUGUUGCUGUUUUCAUAACAAAUCAAGUUACGACAAGUAUGAAUAAUAAAUUCCCGUUGUUGACUAUCGGUGAUGAUGUUAAGCCUGUCGGAGGGAAUAUUUUGGCCCAUUCGUCUACUACUAGAGUGGCUUUGAGAAAGCUUACAGGAAAUGUGAGGAUUGCCAAGAUCCACGAUAGUCCUGAGCUUGCUGAACAAGAAGAAGCUUUUACUAUAACUAAUGGAGGAGUACAAGACCCUAUAUUAGAUGCGGAAUAAAUUACUAUAAUUUAAGAGGAAAAAAAGUUAAGUUUAGUAAGAAUAUUAAUUUAUUUUGAGUGUUGAAUAGCAUGUCUGAAAAUAAAGCAAAGUCGAUUUUUGUUCCAAAAACAGUGAUUCCACUAAUUAUUUUUUCUGUGACGAGUCUACCGAUGCAAACAGUUUUUGCUACAAUUUUGAAUUAAAAAAAAAACAUAAUUUGAGGUACUAACAUAAGGGAAGACAAAAAAAUAUAAACAAUCAAGAAAUACAGUUUUGUAAAGAGUGUUUUCAGUUGGAAAUGAUGACUUUCAUGUCUGGACAUGGAACUAGAUCAUGAUCACUUACGCAUGUUCUUCAUUUCAUUUAACCCUUCACUUAUGUAUGUUAAGUGUUAUCAUGUCACUUUCAGUAGUGACGUAAGUUUGGGUUCAUUUCAUUUGUGGUUUAUGGGGUCAGUCAUAUUUUUUGCUAUUUAUUAUAACAAAAGCAAUAGAAGUGUAUUAUGUAUUGUUAUCAGCAAAGAAUUUUCAUCUACUAUGUUUAUUAAUACUGCAGUGUACAAAAUUAAUCCGUGGAUUUUGAUGAUAAACAUAAUUGUAUAAUUUGGUGCAAGAGCUUGAUAUGAGGAAAAAAGAUUAAUGAGAUAACCUCAUGAUUUGACUAAAUAUGGAUUUUAUGAAGACAUGUUGUUUACAGAGAGAUAUAUUCAAAUGUUUUUCGCGAUUUAAUUAUUUUUAAUUGAUCAAUUACUUCUCGACUUGUUCUAAAAAUAACCGGCAUUCCAUGUUUAGAGAAAAUGUGAUUUCCAUGUUUUGUUUUCUCAAAUUUUGUUUUGUUUUACCGAUAGUUACUUUUUAGGUAUAUUAUCGAUAUCUAAUCGUAAAUUAAAAAAUCUAGAAAAUCUAGAAAUAAGUGGUAGUCAAGUAGUGGUGCCUAUUUCAUUAUCAACACUAUCAGUGAUUAGUUCAGAGUUAUAGUUAAUUUAAUUAAUUGUUUUCCUUAUAGUGUCAAUUACGUCUUGAGACAAGAUACAUUUUUACAAUUAAUAUCAUACAGAUUUUCUAUUCUAACAAAAAAAUAUUGAUAAAGAGUAUAAAAUUGGAUAAACAUUUGAAUGAACGAGGAAAACUGAAAAGGCCUUUGCUCGGGUUUUUGCCAAGUUAUUUUUACAUCAAAUUAUCAAUUUGUUUGGAGGGCAAAACACAAGGCCAAUGCCAAUGCAAUGUCAAGAUCGCCAAUGAAUAUGGGUAUAAAUUUUUUUUUAACAUUAUCUAUCUACAUUUGUUUAGAAUUUCUAGAAAUAUUUCUAUUUUUUCCUUACUCUCGUUUUGUAAACAAAGCUUUCGAGUUAUUUAUAAAUUAUAACGAGGUGCCACAUUGUUAACUAAUUGCUCAUAAAUUAGCAGCACCCAUUUUUACAUACUUAUUAGAAUCAGGAGUACCUAUCUGCGUUGGCCAAAGCCCUAGCUAUUAUCACAAAGUCACGUGUACUUAUGGUGUAAUGGCUGUGUCAACGUUAUUAAAAUUAAGAUAAAAAAAUAAAUUUUCCAUGAAUAAAAGGCUUUCACAAUCUCUGCAGGGGGCUACGCAUUUAAUAAAAUCUUACACUUUGCGCAUAAUUUAAUCUAAUCCACUCCACGUGAAUGAAAAUGAUAUUCGAUAUUUACAAACACGAACAUGUGGAAAAGACAUGAACACUUGAAACAACCAAUAGCAAGCCACCAUUAGUCAAGCCAAACGCCCAGUCUGGGAAGUUAUUCUUGUCACCGCUCCCCAUAAAUGCAUUUGCUUCAGAGACGCCGAAGACGACGCUACUGACGCUAGACGCCCAAAGUGUUCAAAGUUUUUCACAUACUUACAUUUACAAAGUUUUUCAUAAAGUUGUGUUUAUUUUUAAUUAAAA